AUGGCUGAUAUACGUGAUAAACAUGGCAAUCCAAUUCAGCUUGCAGAUCAAUAUGGGAAACCUGUUCAACUAAGCGAUGAGUACGGCAAUCCUGUGCAUCUUACUGCUGUCGCUACCACUGCCGGUGGCGGAACUGGGCUUGAGUAUACUGGAGCUGCCACCGCCGCUGCCGGUGUUGUUCAUGGUACUGGGGUCGGCGGGGUUGGCAUGGCCCAUAAAUAUGAAGAGCAGCAUGCUUUUCAUGUUAGAACUGGGCUCGGAGAGGCCGGCAUGGGUGGCCAGACAUGUGAACAGCAGCAUCACCACCGCCACCAGCAGCAGCAGCUGCAGGAGCAGCUUCAUCGUUCCGGCAGUUCUAGCUCUAGUUCGUCGGAGGACGACGAGCAAGGUGGGAGGAGGAAGAAGAAGGGACUGAAAGAGAAAAUAAAGAAGAAGUUGACGGGUGGGAAGCACUGA